GAAGAACAAUCAAGCAACGAGCCCCAUGGCACCGCAACAAACUCACGUUGAGAUAGUGGAGGCUUAUCAGGGAAAUCACAUGGAGGUGCCAUCGCACUCACAUGACAUCUAAACUAUGGCAGCGGACAUCAAUGAAGGAACUGUCCCUUCAUACUAUCGUGAAGUACACCAAGCCAUCUGCUCCAGAACUGAUGAACGAGUGCCUGUCAGUGUAUUCCAGAGAGUUCUCAGCAGAACAUCUCUCUCCAUCACCGUUCAAAACCAGAUAGCUGAACAUGUAAACAGUGGUGAUGGAUUCCUAAGUAAAGUCUCGCUGUAUAAAGGCUUGGCUCUCAUUGCCCUUGCUCAACAAGGAAAACCGCCUAGUCCCAAACUGCUGGAGAAUUUCAUACAAGAGUUGCCAAAGCCUCAGUUGGGAGAACCGAAGGAGCUUCAGAGUCUGAAGAUGCAGACGGUUCAGGAGAGUCCUUUGAACUUGUCUUUGACUCUGGCAGAGCUGUUGAAGAAGGACACCAUUAAAGUUGAGCUCAUUCCCGAGAAGAAGGGGCUGUUUCUUAAACACGUGGAGUAUCAGGUCACCAGUGAGCGUUUUACAUUAUCAGUCUAUCGGCGAUACAAUGAUUUUGAUGUCUUCCAUGAGCUCCUGCUUCAGAGAUAUGCUUACAGAGUUGUGCCAGCACUUCCUCCCAAAAGGGCGCUGAAAGGAGUCCUGACCUCCAUGUCAGAGCGAGAGUUCAUUGAAGGGCGGAGACGAGCUCUGGGCAGGUUUCUGAAUCUUGUGGCACGACACCCUGUCUUUUCCGAGGAUGAGCUUGUGAAAACAUUCCUCACCUUCAGUGGCUCGGAUGUCCAAACUAAGCUUAGAGAUGCUUGCAGAAAAAUGGGUGAUGAGUUCAUGACUUGCAAAUAUGCAACGCAGGCCAAGGAUUACCUCCCAGGGGAUAUCCAAAGUCAGUUUUCAUCCAGCAGAGAGCUCAUCAAAAAUAUCCAUUACAGUUUUCAGAAGUUACGGGACAGGGCAGAGAGGAUGGCCCAGCGCUCGAAGGAGAACGCCACAGAUCUGCUGAUGUUUGGGAAGGAGCUCAGUUCUUUGGGAUCAGAUGAGUCACCUGUGCCUAUCCUGGCAUCCUGCAAGAGUCCUUGGGCUGCUCUCAGACGCUCUGUCAAAGGGCUUUCUUUUGAGUUCUCACUUCUGUCUGAAAAAGCUGCCCAACAGGGCAGAAGAGAGGAGGAUGAUGUGGUGGAAAAACUGAAUCUGUUCCUGGACUUGCUGCAGUCGUACAGGGACUUGUGUGAACGACAUGAGAAAGGAGUCUUGCACGAACACCAGCGUGCGCUGCAGAAGUACGGUGUAAUGAAAAGACAAAUGCUGAGUGCCACAGUGCAGCCUAAAGAACAGGUUUCUGUCGAACAGCUGGAGUCCCGCAUCGUCCAGCAAGAAAACGCCAUUCAGGCCAUGGAGCUGCGCAACUACUUCUCCCUGUUCUGCCUGCACCAGGAGAGCCAGCUCAUAUUCACCUACCUGCCCAUUACGUCUCACAUCCUGGGGGCAUUUGUAAACUCACAGGUGCAGGGACAUAAAGAGAUGGGUGAGGUGUGGCAGGAUCUUCAUUCCAAGCUUAAAAGUCUUUUUGGGGAUGGUAACGGACAGUCUCCGCCUCUCAGCCCAAAAUAGCCUCCCUUCUGUGCUAUCAGAAUCGAAAGAAAAUGAACUCCAGCCUGUUUUGAAUAGCAGGAUCUAUUCAGGAACUACGGACAGGCAGUAUUCUUCCUUGCAAAGAGUUAUGGGGAACUGCUUAUGUGUGAAUGUGGUAUGUGGCAGUUCCUAAAAUCUGUCUGUCGAAAAGGGCCCUUAAUUUCCUACAGUUUGAACAAACUGACGGUUAAAACAAACGGCUAAUGUUGUUGAGAACAAGUUGAGGAAAUGCAACAAGAUGCUACAACACUGUAUUAAUGUUUAAUCUACAUGUAUGCAAAGCUGAUGUUGUUGUUUUAAAACGUAAGCUAAGCUGAAAGAGAAAUUUGACAUUGUACAAAACAGUGUAACCCAUGAAAGAUGACCUGUAUCUCCUAUUUUAGUGCAAGAUUGAGAAAUGAACUGAGAAGCUAAUAGCCAGCGAGCCAGAGCAGUGGUCAGUUGAAUAUACUUAGCAAACACAGGAAAUAUGCAGAAAUGAUGUUAUUAGUUGCAAAGGCAUCAUAUUCUUCCUUGUUUGUGGUUUCAACUGACAUAAUUUUGUCUGUUUUGUUUUCACAUUUAUCUGCAAGUAAUAUUUACACUACCAUUCAAAAGUCUGGAGUUUGUAAGAUUUUAUUUUUGAAAGAAAUUAAUACUUUUAUUCAGCCUGAGCAUACCAAAUUUAGCAAAAGUCACAGUAAAGACAUUCACAGUGUUACAAAAGGUUCAAAUAAAUGCUGUUCUUUUAUACUUCCUGUUCAUCAAAGAAUCCUGAAAAAUGUGUCAUGGUUUCCACAAAAAUAUUAAUCAGCACAAAUGUUUCCAACAAUGACAAGAAAUGUUUCUUGAGCAGGAAAACAGCAUAUACUUUACCGUGAGCGAGGUAUUCAAACUUUCGAACAGUAGUGUAUACAAGCGAACACUUUCAAACUAGUUGUCUGACAGUUCUGUAAAAUGUGAAAGUUUUUAAUUUUUUGUAGCUAAGCCUGAGCCUGCAAGUAGUGACUACAAUGAUCAUGAAAUAAUUAGUUAUUAUUAGCUGCUCUAUACGCCAAUCACCUGUUUUCAUUCAAUAAAUCAUGAAGGUCUGAAAUUCUCACACUGCUAGUAAGCGAUCAUAUGAACUACACUUCAAAAUAUGUCUAAAAAAAAAAAAAGGUUUUACUUUAAAUUUACCAUAAAGUUGUACAGAAGCUGUUGCUGUUGGUUGAUAAUGCAUGCAUCAUGCAUAUUAUUGUCUUAAUUGCUUAACAUUCUAUAAAACCCUUUAGCAGAGCUUAUUAUUAUCAAUUGUACAUGUUUGGUUUUAUUUUGGGACUAGGUAAAGCAUUAAAGAAAUGGAAACAGUU